CCCCUUGUCGUGCGGUGGUUGGCAGUUCGAGUUUUAGGAUCACGCGUCGUUAUUUCAACGAUUGCCAUUUCUGACUUUUCAUAACGCAACACGUCUUUCAUGCAUCCAUGUGAUAGGCCCCCAUCGUAGAUCUUGCGUCAUCGCCGACUAGCGGAGCCAUGUACUUGUCGAAGCGCACCACAUGCAAACAUGUUUGUGCCCGACUGGUACUGCUUUUCACAAUUGCGUACCAGCUGCUCACCCCACAAUCAGAAUCCGAGUUCCUCUUCGUCCACGCCACCGCAGCCCGAUUGUGGCGCUUCGUGUGUACUGCGCCCGGCACCACGCCAGGUUGGAACCUGUGCACAACCCAUAUGUUCGGGGAUUCAUCAUGUUCCGGAAGCGUAUACGAGGUCCUCCAGCCAAACAACGUGCUAACCGGUGUAGACUGGAACGGCGGCGGGUCGCAAGACCCGACUGAGUCACAGACGGCGACGGUGAAAGGGCCUUUUACCGGUCCCGGCGAAGUCUACGUGCACUUCGAGCUGUCCACGGCAACGCAGAUUAACUGCGUCAAGCUAAACGAUGGUGGCAUGUGCGUGGAUACUGGAACGGGUCAGGUCAUCACGCCGAACUGUCCAUCAGGCUACGAACUCCGAUAUGCUGAUAACGGCAACUGGGUCGUGCAUGCGACAUUUACGGGUGAUGCGGAUAAAACGGCGACGCAAUUCGUGGUGGGUGGUGGAGUGCCAGGUAGACGAAGAGGACGUAAGUAAGUAGCUGAUUCGACCUCACGAUGUCACAUUCGUAUGAGGAUAGAGCCGUAAUAGUAGAGGGUUCUACAGUAGGAGUGGUAAGUAGACGGAAGUAGUGAGUAGUCUUCUCUUAUACCCCUGGAGUGGGUACAUUCAUUCAGCUACUCAUACAACAGCUUCUAUCAUCACCUCGAUGGAGAGAUCACUCCUCACCAGCACAUUUGAAUCCAAAUAAACCCCUUCAUCACAACAGUCCCUUCCCCAUCUCCGACGCCGUCUCCGACCCCCUCACCAACACCUUCGCCGAGCCCAACGCCUGCGCCUGUGAAUCAGCCACCUGUGGCUACCAUAGUUUCUCCGCAGUCUGGAAGUUCACCGCUCGCAAGAACCGGUGUAGAGGUUAGAAUAGAUUGUUAAGGCUUUCUGGAAGCAUUGUAUGUAAACUUGAACGUUAACCCCUCACGACCCCCCUUUCGUUCCCCCUUUUCUGAAUUACUUGCCCCUAGAAUGGGUAAACUACUUCUAGUACUAGUACUGCUAUUACAUCUUGAGGAGAUGUAGAGGCAUUUUUCUCGACAUGCCUUUUUUGAGGAGAUGUAGAGGCAUUUUUCUCGACAUGCUCCUUUCAAGGGACGAAAAGUCAUCUUGAAGAAAAGCACUCUUCUUGACAUGCUUUCAAAGGAGAAGAAGUCAAAGAUGAUGUAGGCUACAUCACACACUAGAUAAGGUGAGUACUAUAGUGAAGAUCGCGAUUGAAACUCUAAGAUCAGAGUGAGCGAAUAUAUGCUGCAGCCCCAGGAGCAUUGGCUCAGUUGUAUCGUGUCACGAAUGCUGGAACGGAGGUGCUAGUUUCGAUAUUUGACAUUGCGACCGCCAUCUCGAAUCCAAGUGGAAGCGUGUGGAGGAUGAAGUUCUUUCCGACAGGAGGAGGCACUUUGGAUGCAUCUACUACGUAUCGGUAUGAAGAUGGGAUGCAUACUUAGAUCAUAUUUUUUACAGAAUUAUACCUUGAGGAUAGGUGGUCACAGAAUUAUACCUUGAGGACAGGUGGUCAUACUUAGAUCAUAUUUUUUACAGAAUUAUACCUUGAGGAUAGGUGGUCAUACUUAGAUCAUAGUUUUAUUUACAGAAUUAUACCUUGAGGAUAGGUGGUCAUACUUAGAUCAUAGUUUUAUUUACAGAAUUAUACCUUGAGGAUAGGUCGUGGUCAUAGAUUCUCGUCGUUCAUCAUCAGGAACAACAGGAACAAUCGACAGACCAAUAACAAUCCAACAACAAGCUAGACUAGCGGGUAGAACUCGUCUGGGAAAUCUUAGGCAGCUCGCCGAAUAGAUUCAAAUCAUCAGGUGGUCAUAGAUUUUCAAGUUCAAUCGAGGAAGGUCUGGAUUUGUCUUGCAGUAGAGGUCCCUUAGUCGUCCACUCUAGAAGAAUAGGCGUGGCUCUGAGUUCGUUUUCCAUUUUAGUAUGAUUGUCGUCAAAAUGUUCAUAAAGUAUAAUGAAAUCUUUUCAUCCUAAUACCCUUUCUUCGUGAACAAAGCGGACGUGGCGGAUAGUGCCGGAGCAAACCCAGUCAGCGACAUUAUUGUACAAUUUGUGACGGAGUCGGAUGGCACAGGUGCAACAAACAAUCCUGGCCAAAGCGUCCUGAACACAGCAUCUGCAGAAUCUGAUAGCGAGGAUGAGGAUGGAGGAGGUAUUUAACACCUUUUCACUGGCGUUUCUGAAAAGAAGAAAUAGAAUUCUUCCAAACAAUGACCUCAUGCCAGGCACAUCAAUCAAUCAAUCAAUCAAUCAAUCAAUCCAUCAAGCUUCGAGUUAACAAGGCCCACACUGUGGAGUCAACGCAGACCUUUCUUGCGAGCACAGAUGAAUGAAAAGAAUGAAUGAUAGACGCCUAGAUCUGAGGAUAAACUCGUAGUUCGUUGUUUUAUUUUUCUCCGCAACAGUGAAAUCUACUUAUAGGUGCUCUGACGAUUAUAAGUAACUUCGAAUAAUCGCUUUCAUUUCCUCAGCACCAAAAUGAUAAUCUAUUCUAAAUCUUCCCCAAUUUUACUUUCUUCACUCUAAUUACAACCAGGUACCACAGCGAUUAUCGUUACCCUCGUUGUCAUUGUGAUUCUUGGUGGUGGUGGUUACUGUGCCUAUCAGCAUUAUCAAACGGUUCAGAAGGAGAGACAAGCGAAGUUAGACGGUUUCGAUCAGGAAUAUGGGACCGUGAUCACACCGGAAGGUGUCUUUACUAGGAAUUAUGGCUUCAUCUAGGGUUUUAGUUUUUUUUGCAGAUCAUUCACGUCUCUUGAUUUCCACUUUAUUUAAGGGUAGGUUAAAGGUGCUUUUCUUACCGCUUUUCAUGCCUCUCCUAAACCUAAGGGAGAAUGGCAUAACAAGCGGGGUAAGCGAGCACCAAAAACCUACCUCUAAUUUAUCUUGAAUCCACUUUCAUCAAGUCAAAGUCGUUCGUUCUAACAACAAGCACCCGCGGGCACCGAGAUGCAGCAGAAAGGUUCAUCUUCUCCUGACAAGAAGAGCACAACUUCAAAAUCCAGCAAAAAAGGGAAGAAAAGGGCAAGCGAAAAUUCCAGAUUCACGCCUGCUGCUUCUAGUAGUACUGAUACAGGCCAACAACAGCAGCCGCCAGAUGGUUCAGGUUCAUCGUCAGAUGAAGGAAGAAGUAAGGCGAAGAAAGCGGCAGAAGAAAAUCGAGCGCGUCGUGAGGAAGAGUUCGAAGCAAGAAGAGCAAGAGAGUACGCAAGAAGAGCAGCAGAGAAUCAGGAGAGGAGAAGGAAUUUGCAAGAGGAAUUCUUCAAGAACCGUGCCAAAGAUGAUUCUGGAACUUCUUCAAGUAGAGCACAACAACACCAAGCUGGAGGAGAGGGACAUGCAGGUAAUGCGAGAGGACAUGCAGGUAAUCGAGCAAACGCGUGGAACAGGAAAAGGAGUAGCAGUUUUACGGCGGAGGAUAUUCAUGAGAAAGAACUCUUUGAGGCGGAGACGAACGAAGGAGAAGAGGUCAAGGGCAUAACGGGGUCGAUUGUUAAGGCUAGAUUUGUUGCUCGUUGUCCUUGUCGCCUCUACUAGUUAAGUUUCUUGUAGUGGAAUUAUUUGGCUGUGCUGCUUGUGCUGUUCAUCCAAAUUACUUCUAGCAUGUUUUCAGAGGAAUUUCCACCUACUUUCCAGAGGACCUUUCCAGACUUUGUAGCACGUACUAUACGUCGUUUACUAGCAAGCCUAAUACAUUUAGUACUUGUCCACCAGCAGGUUAUUCUUAUUUACCACGGUAAAGAACCUCCUCGUCCAAAUCUCUAACACCUCCCACGACCUCCGCAAGCAGAAAACGGAGUCUUUGGAGAGCAAGAAGAAAACGAUGAAGUUCCUCAAGUUAAAGUGGCAUCCGGACAAAAAUAGCGAGAAGCCAGAGCUUGCCAAAAAGAUAUUCCAAUUUAUCAUGGAGCAGGAGGAGAAGUUUUUGGCGAUGAAAGAUACUUGA